GAUUGAAGUAGUAAUAGCUCAGGUCUCCUCUCACUUCAGUGGUGGAAAUCAUUUCUGUUCUGAUAUUCGAAAAUUAGUUAGAAAUAUCGAAAUUGUUUUAGUUUAAAUCUCUAAAAUGGCGAACGCUCUAUGCUUCACACCUGUAACCUCCUUCAAUUCCAACAGUAAACCUGGUAUUUUAAUCGGGGGUUCUAAUGUUCGGAAGGUUCUUCGAAUCGAAGAUCAGUUUCGGAAGUCUCGAACUGCUGAGUUUUUGUCUGUCGAGGCCAAGGCUGCAGACAGUAAUAAAAGCAGCACCAAAUCUAAGACCAUAGUUUGUGUUGAUUGUGAUGGAAAUGGUGCAGUGUUGUGUUCACAGUGCAAAGGAAGUGGGGUGAAUUCUGUUGACCACUUCAAUGGGCAAUUCAAAGCUGGUGGCUUAUGUUGGCUUUGCAGAGGGAAAAAGGAUAUUUUAUGUGGAAGCUGCAAUGGAGCUGGCUUUCUGGGUGGUUUCAUGAGCACCUUCGACGAGUAAAGAUAUGCACAAGUUGAAAAUGGCUCGCUUGUCUUUAUUGGUCUUGAAGACUUGGAAGAAGACUUAAAUCAAUUCUACAGUUUACAGUGCAUCAUGGAAGGUCAUCUGUAAUUAGAAUGUCUCUGUAGUUGCAUUGAUAAAUGACCUUAUGUUUUAUUCAAGAUGGUAUUUUCAAAUGAAAACCUAAGAUUUCU